AUAAAGAUGACGCAAUAGAAUAAUCUCGCGAGAUCUGUCAGUUGCCUGUUAACGGGGUUAGCAGGGAUGUUAGCUGAGGCUCAGGAUUGUUGUAUCGCCCCAUUCUCCUGAAUUCAGCCGCAAAGCGUCGAUACCGUUUUAAACCUGCAUCCGAGAGACGUGGUAGAAGAGACAACGAUGUAGUCGUUUGCUCUUCUUUCUUAUUCUCCCGAUUCAUUGUUUGUGUGUGUGGUUUUUUUAAUGUUUGUCAUUAUUUUUUAUUUUUUGUUUUCAUCGCCGCACCCAUAGAUAAAUCAAACCAUAUUCAUUUUCUUGCAGCUAGCUAACGUGUCCUAGGAACCGCGUACCGCUAUUUUAAUAACAGAAGCGUUGCGAAAAAGCGUCGCCGGCCGUUAGCUCAAAAUUUCUAAUAGGACUGAGCAGAUUUCAUAUUUGUGGAUUUUUUUUGCUAAUGCCCACUACCAACCGGAUUCAUAUCGCAUCUUCACCAAACGUUAGCCUCGUGUGUAGUUCCCCAGUUACCGCACGAUAGACAUCAUGACAGGUGAGAAGAUACGCACCAUGAGAAAGGACCACAAGAAACCGAACAAAAAUGACGAGAUAAUGGACACGUACGAUGAGACCUCCAACGGGACUAUCUCUAACGGCACCAGUAAGCAUUUCAAGUCCAACAAGGCUUUCCAGAAGUCAAUCAAAACCUCGGCACAACAACAGCAGCAGCUCAAUGCCAACAACAUCAACGGUAACACAUCAGUUGUCAGUGACAACAACAAGAACCCAAUAAUCCUGACCAGUGACGACUUGGAGUUCCCUGUGCAUGAAUGCGUGUUUAAGGGAGAUGUGCGUAGGCUCUCCUCUCUCAUCAGGACCCACAGCAUCUCCCAGAAGGAUGUGCAUGGAAACACACCUCUUCACUUGGCUGUCAUGUUGGGCCACAAAGAGUGCGCUCUCCUCCUGUUGGCCCAUAAUGCACCUGUAAAGAUAAAAAAUGCACAGGGAUGGAGUCCUCUAGCAGAAGCCAUCAGCUACGGUGACAGGCAAAUGAUCACAGCAAUACUGCGGAAACUGAAGCAGCAGUCGAGGGAGAGUGUGGAGGACAAGAGGCCAAAAUUACUCAAAGCUCUCAGAGAGCUCGGUGACUUUUAUCUGGAGCUGCACUGGGACUUUCAGAGCUGGGUGCCUUUAUUGUCCCGGAUGCUGCCAUCUGAUGCCUGUAAAAUCUACAAGCAGGGCAUCAAUAUCAGACUUGACACCACUCUCAUAGACUUCACCGAUAUGAAAUGUCAGCGCGGCGAUCUUAGCUUCAUUUUCAACGGCGAUGCCGCACCAUCCCAGUCCUUUGUGGUUCUGGACAAUGAAGCAAAAGUGUACCAAAGAAUACACCACGAGGAGUCAGAGAUGGAGACAGAAGAGGAGGUGGAUAUUCUGAUGAGCAGCGACGUUUACUCUGCAACCCUUUCUACCAAGUCCAUCACUUUCUCUCGUAGUCAGAUCGGCUGGCUCUUCAGAGAGGAUAAAACAGAGAGAGUUGGAAACUUCCUGGCUGACUUCUAUGCAGUGAACGGUCUGGUGCUGGAGUCACGGAAACGGCGGGAGCACCUAAGUGAAGAAGACAUCCUGAGGAACAAAGCCAUCAUGGAGAGCUUAAGUAAAGGAGGCAGCAUCAGUGAGCAGAGUUUUGAGCCCGUGAGAAGGCAGUCCCUCACAGCUCCAGCACCCAAUACAAUUUCAUGGGAGGAGUACAUAACCGCGGAGCACGGAAAGCCACCUCAUCUUGGCAGGGAGCUUGUUUGUAAGGAAAGCAAGAAGAACUUCAAAGCUACUGUAGCCAUGAGCCAGGAUUUCCCUUUAGGCAUUGAGUCAUUACUGAAUGUGUUGGAGGUCAUAGCUCCGUUCAAGCACUUCAACAAACUCAGAGAGUUUGUCCAGAUGAAACUUCCGCCUGGUUUUCCUGUCAAACUCGACAUCCCCGUCUUCCCCACGAUCACAGCGACCGUCACCUUUCAGGAAUUCCGUUACGACGAAUUCGAAGAGUCCAUUUUCUUCAUCCCCGCCGAUUACAAAGAAGAUCCCAGUCGUUUCCCAGACCUCUGAUCUGUAAACGGGGAUAUGGCCAGCAAGUUUGGGAGUGCAGACAAAAAAAAGAGGAAUAUUGUGUUGUUUUAUUCUGUAUUUAUUAGCUGUGAAAAGGAAGGGGCGGGUGGGGGCCGGUCUUAGUGAUCAGUUGCUCUGUUGGCUGAUGGAUCCAAAGCAAAUCAAUGCAAGCAGGUGUUAGAGCGCCACCUCACAUGUAGAUGCUUCGGGAGCUGUUUUUGUGAAAUCGAUGAUAGCUUUCAUUGUACUCGCUGUUCAACAGAGCAGUUAAACCCACUGCUCCAUGCUGCUGUUCUCUACUCUGAAAGCUGUCAGACUUCAUCGUCACUAUUUAAAUAUUUCCCCUCAUCUUCAAGGACAGAGAAAUUACUUCUCAUUCUUGAAAGUGCACUGACGCCCUCGUCUGUAAAUAAUUCACGUCUGUACUUCACAACAAAAAGAAUAGCAGAUAUAGCUAUAUCCUCAAACUGUGCUUAAUAUUCAUUUAUAUAUUAUGUAUAAUAUAUAGAGAGAGAUGAACUCAAAUGAGUAACACUGUGUAGCAAUACAUUUCCGGUACUUAAGAAUGUUUUUAACCAGCUGGGAUAAGGUUUAGCAUUAAAGAAGACCUCCAUUGUUACAGUACGAUAUCCGAGCCUUUUCCCCUGCGCAGGGACGCAGUCUCCUGCAUCUUCAGGUUAGCUCAUGUUACCUCUCGGCUGUCUCUCCAUGUCUGUCGUGAUCGUAUGUGCUCAGUGUGUGAGUGAGUAACUGUACUGUACCAGGGGUUGUUGUAUGUACGUUUGUGAAUGGGAGAACCCAGGUGAGAUAUCAGGUAAACUGUUCUUAGUUUAACACUGCACUGAUAAGAAGUAUAUUUAAGGCAUGCUCUGGCUGUGUUGGCCUCCUGGAUCACAUGCAUCUUUAAAGGUAUAUUCUCUGUUCUACUACCUGCAGGCUGGCUGGUACUUAAGGAGAAACUGGAAAUUAGAACACUGACUCUUAGAAAACGUUUUAGUGCUUAUAAAUUCUCCUUGAUUGUUGUCUGCAUAUGAUUAUCUUUUUAUAUAUAUAUCUAUAUGUAUACAUAUAUAAAUGCAAGUAGAGGGAACUAAGCUGUGAAGUUGAUCGUUGCUGGAUCUCUCAACUGUCCAGAUAAGACAUUAUCUGAUCCAUUGAGCUGUCUGGCUUCAGCUAAUAUGUACUGCAACCAUACCUACUUCACUUCCCUUUAAAUAAAGCACCAGCAUCAUCUUUCAA